AUGGGCGUCGUUGUGUUUGUCAAUCUGACGGACUUGAACUCGGAGAACGAUUGUGAAAGGCUACGCUUGGGAGAAGGUGUUUUCAUCGUUCUUGAGUGCAAGCAUGGGAAAAGUUCGAACAUGACCACAUCAUCCACUAUAACGCUACCUUCUCAGCGGGAGCGCCUCUUGGCCCAUGCUCGGUCGCAGCAUCAACCGAUUCCGG